AUGCGCGACCACGUGCUUACAAUUCCAGACGGCUUCAGACGCGAAAUCCGCGAAACGGAAGAGACGAGCUGGUCCUAUGUACAAUUAGCAGCCCUUGUCCUCCGUGUCCUUGCUCCGUGUCGCAGGGCCAACUAG